AACAUUGAGCUUUGUAGAGAGAAAUAUUGCAUUCCCUCCUUUCUCUCUCUCUCAAAACUUACUGAGUGGAAGAGAGAGGGAAAAGUGCCCCCGCGACGUUCAUCUCCACCACCACCGUGACGGUUUUAAUGGCUUUCCCUCGGCGGCGCCACCACAAUCAGACUCUCGUCACUUUCCUCCGAUACCUAUUUUUCACCGUCUUAGGCAUUCUCAUCCUUCACUACGCUCUCCUUCCUUUUUUCGCUCCCUCUCCCAUCGACAAGGAUCGCCUCCCUCAUCCCUCCAGCCGCUCUUCGGUCAACAAUGGCGUCGAUGACAUUGAAACUCCAACAUUUCGUGUUCCGACCAGUGGAGGGAGGUCGGAUCGUGAUCUUUGGAAUUCAAAAAUGUCUAAAUUCUACUACGGUUGUAGUAACUCGAGCAAAAAGUUUGCCAGAGCUGAAGCUAUUACUCAUCGCAAUCGAUACUUUUCCAUUGUUACUAGUGGAGGUUUAAACCAACAAAGAACUGGGAUUACGGAUGCUGUUGUUGCUGCCCGCAUUUUGAAUGCCACUCUUAUUGUUCCAAAGCUGGACCCGAAUUCCUAUUGGAAUGAUGCUAGUAAUUUUUCAGAUAUUUUUGAUGUUGGUUGGUUUAUAUCAUAUCUAUCAAAAGACGUUAAAAUCAAAAAACAACUUCCAGAAAGGGGAGGGAAGACUUGGACUCCAUAUACCAUGCGUGUUCCGAGGAAAUGUAAUGAAAAAUGCUAUCGAACUCGUGUACAGCCUAAACUUCUGAAAAAGAAUGCUGUUCAACUCACCAAAUUUGAUUACAGACUGUCAAAUAAGUUGGAGACAGAUUUACAAAAGCUUAGAUGUAGAGUUAAUUACCAUGCUUUAAAGUUCACUGACCCCAUACUUAAAAUGGGUAAUGAAUUGGUCCAUCGAAUGAGGAUGAGAAGCAAGCAUUACAUUGCCCUGCACCUAAGGUUUGAACCUGAUAUGCUUGCAUUCUCAGGAUGUUAUUAUGGUGGAGGAGAAAAGGAGAGGAAAGAACUGGGUGCAAUACGGAAGCGGUGGAAAACUUUACAUAUCAGGGACCCAGAAAAGGGAAGGAGGCAAGGAAGAUGCCCACUUACUCCUGAAGAAGUGGGUCUGAUGUUGAGAGCAUUGGGCUACGGGAAAGAUGUUCACUUAUAUGUGGCAUCUGGUGAAGUAUAUGGAGGAGAAAAGACACUGGCCCCCUUAAAAGCACUCUUCCCAAAUUUUUAUUCAAAGGACACUAUAGCCAGCAAGGAAGAGUUGCAACCAUUUUCUGCAUUUUCUUCUCGCAUGGCUGCACUAGAUUUCAUUGUUUGUGAUGAGAGUGAUGUAUUUGUUACGAAUAACAAUGGUAACAUGGCAAGAAUUUUAGCUGGACGAAGGAGAUAUUUUGGACACAAACAUACCAUUCGUCCGAAUGCUAAGAAACUGUAUCCGUUUUUCUUGAGCCGGGGGAACAUGACUUGGGAAGCAUUUGCCUCUAGAGUUCGAACUUAUCAAAAAGGCUUCAUGGGAGAACCAAAGGAAAUGAGGGCAGGCAGGGGUGGCUUUCACGAGAACCCAUCUUCCUGCAUAUGUGAAGAUUCUGAAGCCAAAGUAAAGAUGGACUCGGGUCCUAGAAAACUCGGCAAGGAGCAGAGUGCAACAAGAGAAGAUGUUGGUGAUCAAAAUGUAGACGAUGAGCCAGAAUGGUCAGAUAUGGAGGACGAAGAGAACCAUAUUGACCUUCUAGGCAAAAGUAUGUUCAAUGAAACAAGUUUGGAUUAUGAUGCUUCCACAUCUGAGCCGCCUGAGUUGGAAGAGUUACUCUCUGAUUGAACAAGGAUGCCUUGGGCUUCUUGAAGUGUGUAUAAAUUUUUUGGCCCCCCUUGCAUUCUCUUCAACAAUUUGCAGUUCUGGAGAAAUCUUUUGGCCACGUUGCGUAGUUAUUUUACUAUGUACGAGAGCCACAGCUAUAUUGCAGAACAGCACCAAUUUUGUUCAUAGCUACAAAAUAUUUGAGUUCAACUUAAAAGUGCAUCCUGGUACGUCCAAAACCUGAUUUUUUUUUUCUUCUUUGUAAGAAUUAUGUUGUUGGAUCCAUACUUACCUAACUGGCCUUAGGUUAAAGAUAGAAUCCUUCAUAAACCUUCAGACUCUCGCGGAGAAGUUCGAGAGAGGAUACCAAGUGAAAAGAAAAGAAAAGAAAUAAAAAUAGAACACUUGGGGUAAGAUGGUAGUGAAGGAACAGAAGUAGGUGAUUUGAUGUUGUAUCUGGAGGUAGACUCUAGGUCGGACAGACCAGAAAUGGUAUAUAGACGGGAAUGAAGCUGCUAUUGUCAUAAUUGAUUUCGUUUUUUUAUUGGGUCAUUUUGGAAAGUAGAUUUUUGCAAAGCUGGUCAUGAGAAUCAUUGUAAUAUAGUAACCCUUUUUUUUUUUUUUUUUUUGUAGAAUGUAGAUUAGGGAUGACAAGUAAUUGUAAUGAGAUUAUUAUUUUCAAAAUUUACUACUCCGUAUUAAUAGAUGUUUUUUUUACUA